AUGGACAAACGCAAGAUGCUGCCAAAGAGACCUCGCAUGGAUAGCAUUCGGGGACCCAUCGCAAAUGGACCCCUACAAUCGAGGCCCCUAGUGGCACUUUUGGACGGUCGCGACUGCACCGUCGAAAUGCCAAUACUGAAAGAUGUCGCAACGGUUGCGUUCUGCGACGCUCAAAGUACCUCGGAAAUACAUGAGAAGGUGUUAAACGAGGCGGUGGGAGCCCUAAUGUGGCACACCAUUAUACUAACUAAGGAGGACCUCGAGAAGUUUAAGGCGCUCAGAAUCAUUGUGCGCAUCGGCUCCGGCGUUGAUAAUAUAGAUGUCAAAGCGGCCGGCGAGUUAGGUAUAGCAGUAUGUAACGUGCCGGGUUACGGCGUGGAAGAAGUUGCAGACACGACACUUUGUCUCAUACUCAACCUCUACCGACGGACUUACUGGCUCGCUAAUAUGGUCAGGGAUGGCAAGAAAUUCACAGGACCAGAACAAGUCCGCGAAGCGGCAUCAGGUUGCGCGCGUAUCCGCGGUGACACAUUAGGAAUUGUCGGCCUCGGCCGUAUCGGUUCAGCGGUGGCUCUACGCGCCAAAGCGUUCGGUUUCACCGUCAUUUUCUACGACCCUUACCUGCCCGACGGUAUUGAAAAGUCGUUAGGACUUACGCGCGUCUAUACCUUACAGGACCUAUUAUUCCAGAGUGAUUGUGUAUCAUUACAUUGCAGCUUAAAUGAACACAAUCACCACCUCAUCAACGAGUUUACUAUUAAACAAAUGCGUCCAGGCGCGUUCCUAGUGAACACAGCGCGGGGCGGGCUCGUAGACGACGAAGCGUUGGCAGCCGCGCUUAAGCAAGGACGUAUACGCGCAGCCGCACUUGACGUGCACGAGAAUGAGCCCUUCAAUGUCUUCCAGGGUCCGCUCAAAGACGCGGUGAACUUAUUGUGCACGCCACACGCGGCGUUCUACUCGGAUGCGUCGGCGCAAGAGCUGCGGGAAAUGGCAGCCUCCGAAAUACGGCGAGCUAUCGUUGGUCGCAUACCCGAUUGCCUUCGCAACUGUGUCAAUAAGGACUACUUCCUGGCGGGCAGCGGCGGCGUGGGCGUAGGCGUACCCGUGGGCGUCGGCGUAGGGUCGGGCGGAGGCGGCACGGCUCCUACCCCGUACAGCGAGGGCAUGAACGGCGGCUACUACGGAGGCACUCAGGCCGCGCACUCCACCACGGCGGUGCACGACCCGCCCGCGCUGCCGCCGCAACCCGCGCCGCAGCCCUCCAACCCGCAGCCGCCCAUUACGCUGCCGCCAAUAAACACCUCUGACCCGGCGAACCACCAGAUGAAGCAGGAAAGUUCUGACGUGCACUAG